GGAAAUAUCCCGAUUAGGGGGGGACCUCCAGGGUUCGUGCGAUGGCCCGAGUGGGAAGAGACCCACACGGAUCAGUCAGUCCAACUCCUGGCCCUGCACAGGACACUGGGCGCUCCCACAGAAUAUCCUGAGGAGGAAAGGACGCACAAGAAUCCGAUAAUGUCCUGAGGGGAAGGGACACGCAAGUAUCAUCCAGUCCAACCUCUUUCACCACCCCUCAAGUGCACACGAGCGUUGAGGGAGUGUUCCCGUGUUCUCACAUUCCCAUCGUCUUGCAGUCCCAUGUUCCUGUAGUCCUGUGUUUCCACUUUCCUGUGUCCCAUCCACGAACACUUCACAUCUUCCACGUGUCUCCUCCAUUUUCCGUCACUGGUGUCUCCAUGUCCCCUCUUAUUGUCCUUUCCAUCAUUGCUCCGUGCCCUCUCUGUGUCCCCUUCCUGUCCCCUCUGCAUCCCUCCAAUGUCCCCACCAUGUCCCCUUUGCAUCAGGGUGACACAAGACAUGGGAGCACAUGAACACGGAGGCACAGGAACACGCUGACAUGGCUGCUCAUGGACAUGACAGUGACAAGGACAUGGGGACAUGGCUGCUCACAGACAUGGCCACACAAUGGCAGAGACAUGGGGACACAGGGACACAUCUAUCCAUCCAACAGUCCCUGCCCUGCCUCCCUCCCACUGACAUUCUGGAACGUGAGAACCAAACCGUUAUGCUGCUGUGGUGUCAUCAGUUUGGGGACAGCACAUGGAGGGGCACAUUGGUGGCACCCCUUUGGUGACAACCUCGAGAGUGGCACAUUGGUGACAAACCUGCAGUCAUUUCUUUGGUGACAGCACUGAAGCCAUCACCAGUGACAGCACCUCAGGGGUGGCCUAUUGAUGGCAGCCCCUUGGUGACAAACCUGCAGCCAUUUCUUCGGUGACAGCACCUCAGGCGUGGCACAUUGGUGGCAGCCCCUUGGUGACACUCUUGCCGCCACCCCCAGUGCCAAUGGUCCCUGGCCAUGCUGCGACUCCAUGUGGUCAGUGUCCACAUCCCCGGGGCCACUGGCUUUGGUCCCAGUGUCCAUCUGUCCAUCUGCUUCCGAGGUACCUCCAGGAGAACCCAGGUGGUACCUGAGGAGCGCAGCCCCACCUGGAAUGAGGAGCUAGUGUGGUCACUGGACGAGUGUCCCCUAAGCCCCACGGACACGCUGAGCCUGCGCCUCCAGCACUGGGACCACCCACUGCCCCGGGGGGACCUGGGUGGCACCACAGUGUCAUUGGACCAGUUGGUGGCCAACCCCAGCCUGCCGAUGGCCCGCAGGGAUGUCCUGCUUCUGGACCGCUGGGAUAAGCCCACAGGGUGCACUAUCACCUUCCGCUGUUACUACACCCCCUGUGGCAAGGCUGGGAAUGCCACGGUCACCCCUCAGGGAUGGGUGGCACUGCCGGGGGCACUGGAGACACCUCAGAGCUCUGGCAGGGCCCCCGUGGAGAGGAAAGAGGAUUUCCAGGUUCGGGUGAGGAUCAUCCAGGCCCGGCAGCUCCAGGGCAACAAUAUCAGGCCGGUGGUGAAGGUGCUCAUAGGGAAGCGGCACUUCCGGACCCGGAGCCGGACAGGGAACAAUCCCUAUUUCAAUGAGGUGUUCUGCCAAAAUUUCCACGAGACGCCAGAGCAGUUGGUGGCACAGCCCAUCCGGAUCCAGGUGCUCCGUUCCCAAAACCUCUGCACCAAAGCUGUCAUUGGCACCUUCGAGCUCGACAUCGGCACUGUGUACUCUGCACCAGGGCGCACCCUGAGCUGGCAGUGGUUGAGCCUGCAGCACCCACAGCACCAUGACAGCCACUCCCGGGGGUACCUGCAGGUCAGCCUGGCCGUGCGCCGGGCGGGGGAGAGAGUGCAGGAGCAGGAGGUGCCAGCGGGGGACGAGGACGUGAAAUCCAACCUGCUGCGCCCACCCCCAUGUGCUACCAUGCUGCAGAUCCGCGUGUACUGCGCCCAGGACCUGCCACAGGUGGAGCCGGCGCGGCCGUGCCUGGGUGUCAGGAGGGGCUCGGGGAAGGUGGCAGUGCGGGUCAGCUUUGCCGGCAGAAUGCUCUGCACCCGAGCGAUGCUCCCCAGUGCCAACCCCGAGUGGAACGAGGUCUUCUUCUUCCCACUGAGGCUGCCCCCCAUCUGUGAGGAGAUCCAGCUGGACCUUCUCCGGGGGUCAUGCCGGAGCAAAGUCCUGGGCACUGCCACCAUCCACCUGUCCCAGAUCUACCAAGACCCUGAGGAACUCCAGGGGGGGACCCCCGGCUUCCUACCCUGCUUUGGACCUGCCUUCCUGCCCCUGUAUGGCCCCCGGCCCGACUGUGUCCGGGACUUGGGGGUGGAUUAUCGGGGUCGGGUGCUCCUGGAGAUCUGCACCAGUGAGGGGACCCCAGACGGGCGGCAGAGAGACAUUGUGGCACCCGUGGAUGUGGAACGGGCACAGCAGCAGCUCCUGCCCCGGUGCCAGUGGGGGCUCUGUGGGGUGUUUUAUUCAGCCACAAUGGUCCCAGAGGGUCCUGAUCUGCUGGGAUUUGAGCUCGGGAUUGGACACGACUCCUCGGCCACCCCCCUAAGCCCUCCCGUGUUUGAUGGGAACCUGUACCACCACCUACCCUGGGACGGGGACAAGCCUGUGGUGGCUGUCACCUCGUCCUGGGAGGACAAUUGUCGCCGCUGGGACACCCUGAACCUCCUGCGCACCCUGUGCCGGCGCCUGGAGAGGAACACGGCGGAGCUGCGGCGCUGCCGCGGGGACACCGCGAGGGACGUGGGGGUGAAGCUGCUCUGGGAGCUGGAGCAGGACUGCACGCAGGCACUGGCCCAGCUGGAGGCACAACCCACACCCCUCACGGCUCUGGACAAGCAGCUCAGGAAUUCCCGGCGGCUUCUCCUGCGACAUUUGUGGAAUGUGGCCAAGGAGGCUCCAGUAAAGGCUGAGAAAUACGACUGGGACACACUGGUGUCGGGGGCUGAGAGGUGGCUCAGACAGGUGGCUGCCCUGGCAGUGGAGCCCCAGGCCGGUGUCCCCAACUUGGUGCUGUGGCUGCUGCAGGGGCAGCACCGGGUGGGCUGUGCCCAUGUCCCUGUCACCGAUGUCACCUUCUCACCAACUGGCCCUGACGCCUGCGGGCGGCUCUGCGGGAGGAUGCAGACCAUCUUCCUGGGCUCCGGGACGGUUCGUGCCCAGGUCCGUGUCCGGCUGUGGCUGUGCCGGGUGUGCGACAGCGGGGCCCUGCCCCGGCUCCUCGAGGGGUCCCUGCAAUUCCACACUGAGACCUACGAAAACCAGACAAGGCUUCUGGGGAAAUGGGGGCCCUGGAAGCUGUUGGGACGUCCCCCCUUCUCCGAUGGCAUGGGCAGGGAGGGGCUCCCUCCGGGAAAGAUCCAGCCCCCCAAGGGAUGGCGCUGGGAGGGACCCUGGAACGUGGAGCUGCAGCCGAGGGAGAUGCUGGACGCAGGCAGUGCCGUGUGUGAGAUGCUGCAGGAGCUGAACGGGAACCAGAUCCAGAGGAGCCGCUCCAACGGGACCACCUCAGAUACUGACCCUGGAGCAGUGUCAGAGGACGAGCCCUGGCAGUCUGAGUGUUUCUGGCCCUGCCCCUUCCGUCCCAAACCCCCGGGGGGUGUCCUGGGGGGGGCCCUGUGCCGGCGGCGCCGCUGGCACCGUGGCUUGGUGCUCGCCCAGCCCACGGCCGUGGCACCCCUGUUCCUGCUGCAGGGAGUCCCAGACACGGAGGACACGCCCGAGGAGGACAAUCCAGCCGUGGCACUGCUGGAACCCUGGGGGUCGCGGCCCCCCCUGGAGCAGCCCCCGCCCUUCAUUCUCUGCACUUUCUCCUGUCCCAGCCGCUUCCAGCUCCGCUGUUACCUCUUCCGGGCCCUGGAUCUGACCCCUGGCAUCUCCAAGACCUCUAUAGCCACUGCUGCCCACGUGUCGAUCAUGGAUCGGAGCCAACGCUCCCGGGUCGUGCGGGGUGUCCUGGACCCACUCUGGGAACAGACGCUGCUGCUCCACCCAGUGCUGCUGUUCGGGAACCCCCAAGGGGUUCGGGAGGACCCCCCAGCCGUAGUGGUGGAGGUGUUUGACCAGGCUGGGGAGGGUGCCGGUGUUUUUCUGGGGAGGUGUGUGUGCACCCCCGAGGUUUGGCUGGAUCUGGGACACCGGGAACCCCCUCGGCUCCAGCCUCACCCCCUGCGUGGGCCGUGGGGCCCGGCCGGGGACCUGGUGGCUGCCUUUGAGCUGCUGCUCGAGCCCGAGGACGGGGCCCUGGCAGCGCUCACACUCCCCCCGCUGAGGAAGGAUGUGCUUGGCAUUCCCCUGGGAAUCCGGCCACGGCUCCAGAGGGUGGCACUGGAGGUGCUGGCCUGGGGGCUGCGGGGGCUGCAUGGGGCUGUGAGGGAACCCAGGCUGGAGCUGCAGUGGGAGGACCAGACCCUGUGGACUCCUGUGAUCAAGGAUUUCGCCUCCAACCCCAAUUUCCCCACCACCACCUUCCUGCUGACCCUGGCCCUGCCAGAGGAGGAGCAGUUGGUGCCCCCCAUCCGGCUGCAGGUGUGGGACAGGGGGAACAGGAAGCUGGAGGUCCUGGUGGGACAGGGCUGCGUGCGGGGACUGGGCCAGUACCGCUGCAGGACCCCUGGCCUAGAGCAGCCCCCCCGUCAGGAGCAGCCCCCUGGCCCUGGAGACACUGGGACUGGCUCCUAUACAGUCGUGUCCAUGCCAGAUGAACCCCUUUCCCUGCUGGCCGUUUUCAGCCUCUGGAAAGGUUUAUGUUCCCACCUCCUCACCAGAGCCUGGGCCAGGAUUGCCCAGAUCCUUCUCAGCUGCCUUGGGAAGAAGGGGAAUGGCAACAAGGACAUGGAGGAGGAAGAGGAGGAGGUGGACUGGUGGAGCAAAUUCUACAUGGCCUUGGAGGAUAAGGGAGAAAUCCCGUGGGGAACAAACAGGGACAGACUUAAGAUCUAUGGCUGUGAGCUGGAGGCUGUGCCCGAGUUCCAGGGGCUGCAGGAUUUCUGCCAGACCUUCCCUCUCCACAAACCGGGUGGUCCCCCCGUGCCUGGGCAGGAUCCUGAGCCUGUGGGUGAGUUCAAGGGGCUGUUCUGUAUCUACCCCCUGCCCGAGGAGCCCAGGGUGCCCCCCCCACCCCAGCACUUCCAGCAGCUGCCCCCCAGCAAACCCCAGGAUUGCCUGGUGCGGGUCUACAUCGUCCGGGCCUUUGACCUGUCCCCCUGUGAUGUCACUGGACUGAGUGACCCCUAUGUCCGGGUGUCCCUGGGGAAGAGGACCCUGGGCCAGCGGGACCAGUACGUGCCCAACACCCUGGAGCCCGUGUUUGGCAGGAUGUUUGAGAUGACGGCCACCAUCCCCCUGGAGAAGGACCUGAAGGUGACACUGCUGGACCGUGACCGGCUCCCCCCGGACCAGGAGAUCGGCAGCACCUCCAUCGACCUGGAGAACCGUCUGCUGUCCAACCACCGCGCCCACUGUGGGCUGCCCACCCUGCACCACACUGCGGGCCCCGCAGCCUGGAGGGAUCAGCUGUGCCCAAGCAGGACCCUGGAGCUCGUCGCUGUCACCCGGGGGCUGCCCACCCCUGAGUUCAGCCCCGACGGAUUGGCUGUGACCUUCAACCACCGAACCUUCCUCCUCAGGCACUUUGAGAGUGGCCCCCCCACAUUCCGCCACCCUGGGCCCCCCCGGGAGCGCCUGGCCCUGCACGUGCUCAACCUGUGCCCCUUUGUGCCUGAGCACCUGGAGACACGGUCCCUCUACAACAGUGCCCAGCCCGGCCUCGAGCAGGGCAAGCUGCAGAUGUGGGUUGACAUUUUCCCCUCCAACCUCGGACCCCCUGGACCCCCUGUGAACAUCGACCCCCGCAAGGCUGAGGGGUAUGAGCUGCGUUGUGUGGUGUGGAAUGUGCGGGACACGGACUUGGGGGACACCAACCUGCUGGGGCAGCGCAUGAGUGACAUCUAUGUGACUGGGUGGCUGGACGGUCUCCCUGAGCAGCAGCAGCACACAGACAUCCACUACCGCUCUCGGGACGGACACGGUGCCUUCAACUGGCGCUUCCUGUUCCCCUUCGAGUUCCUGGCGGCUGAGAAACUCUGUGUCAUCGGCCGCAGGGAGCACGUCUGGAGCCUGGACAAGACAGUGCUGAAGGUGCCACCCAAACUCAUCCUCCAAGUGUGGGACAAUGACAAGUUUAAAGCAGAUGAUCUUCUGGGCGUCCUGGAGCUGGACCUGACCAAGCUGCCCUACCCAGCUCUGACCCCCAGGCUGUGCAGGGCCAUGCCCUGGGAGCACCGUUGUGUCCCCUGGCCCUGGUGCAGGACCCCAGCCCUGGCCCCCUCCUCAAUCAACCUGUUCCGAAUGCGGCGGACGCGGGGCUGGUGGCCCUGCACGAUGCAGGAGGACGGUGCCCAGCGGCUCUCUGGGAAGCUGGAGCUGAGCUUGGAGCUGCUGACAGCCGAGGAGGCCGAGGAGCGGCCGGUGGGGAAAGGGCGGGAGGAGCCUAAUAACUACCCAACGCUGCCGGUGCCCAGGCGCUCCAAGUCCUCGUUCCUGUGGCUGCAAUCUCCGCUCCGCCUCCUGCGCUAUGGGAUCCGCUGGCGCUACUGUGGCUGGGCCGGGCUGGCAUUGGUGGCAGUCUUGCUCCUCUUCCUCAUGCACAUCUUCUUCCCGAGUUCUAUGACUGUUAAGAUGGUUGACCAACUCCAUGUCCUACAUCCUGCUGGUGCAGAGCAUCCCAAAAUGGAGCAUCCCCCUGGCAGAGGGGCAAUGCCAGCCUGAGGAGCCCAGGAACCCCUCAACUCCCCCCUUCCCUGGCUGCCAACCCCUCCCUGAGCUCCUCUCUCUCUCUCCUUUUUGGAUUAUCCCACCAUGGAGUGGAUUGUCCUGCUCCAGAGGCUACAUCCUGAUGAGUAUUCUAGGAAUUAACAAAGUAAUGUCCACAAACCAUCAAAGUGCCAUCUCAAACUCUGUGGGCUGGGGGUGAGGGAUAUGAACAUGGCCCACGGAGCAGAUCUGCAUGGAGGCAACGUUAGGGGACUGUUAUGAUCAGGUUCUUAAAAUUAUUAGAGAGGCCUCUGCCAAAAUUAAAGUGCAAAUGGGACCAUGUUGCAGAGUCAACAGGACGGAUUUUUAUUAACAGGUAAUGUGAGGCAGAGAGAGAGAGAAAGAAAUAGGAAAAAGAGAGAGAAGUGGAAAGAGAGGGUGAGGGCUUUCUGUCCUGGGUGGAAGGGCAGUCGUUGGCUUGCAGGAGCACGACGCUGCAAGGGGCCGUCCGAGUGCCAAAAUUCAAUAUGGACAAAGAUUCCUCCCAGACCAAAGGUGCCCGCCCACAAAGCUCUUGUCCACGUAGUGCAGAAAGUGGCGUACUAACUGCAGGUGAGAGACAGAGGGCGAGGGCUUUCUUUCCUGGGCGGAAGGGCAGUCAUUCACUUGCAGGAGCGCCACACUGCAAGGGGCUGUCUGAGCGCCAAAAUUCAAUACGGACGAAGAUUGCUCCCAGAGAAAUGAUCCUGAGUCACCUUCUCACCCAGGUGGGGUCUCGCAAAGGGGGGGGGGGCGCGGCUGCAGUGCCGCUCCCGGCCGUGUCCGCCAGGCGGCGACUGCGAGGCAGGGCCAGGCGGUCGGGGCGGGCUUGGAAGCGGCGCAUGCGCAGAGCGAGGCGUUGGCCGGGCCGGGCCUGAAGCGCUCGGGGCCGCCGGGCAGGGCAGUGGCGGCGACCGGCAGGGGCGGGGGGGUGGUGGCGGCCGCCUUCCAUGGGCUUUCAAGAGAAUAAUAACGAAAUUUAAGGAUAAAAUAAAAAUUUAAAAAGACAACAGAAAACGCAUUCAACCCGAACGUUUUUCUGCAGGAGGUGGGCUGUGACAGGGGAAUUGUUUCCAAGGCGGCCCAGGAUCGGGGUGGGCUCUGCGGCGGGGACGACUGCCACCGCUGGAUGGGGAAAGGCACCUUCCCCCCACUCCCAAAAAACUGGGAAGAGAUAACAUCUUCCUGCAGCUGCCUGGAGUUGCUGUUGGCCCUGGGCUUUCUGUGCCACUCGUGGCCACGGGCUGAUGGCAGGAUCACUCCAGCCUUGGGACAGACGGCCUGAAGGCCAGCCCUGGGGCCUGUGCGGGGCAGGGCUGCCCCUCGGCCCCUGAGCGCGAGGGGGUGUGGAGGGAAUGGACUGGCCGGGCUUUGUCAAUCUGGCCCCCAAAAAGACUAAGUGACCUCUUCCAACAGGGGAAGACUGAAGCAAGCGGGGCCAGAAAGAACUGGAGUUUUAGAGAAUAAAACCUGGAAGUGUGCCCCUGAAAAUCCCCCCGGGUGGUCACCGGUCUGACUACCACAGAACGGUCGCCUUGGCCAGGAGCGGUCCUGCCAGCAGUGCGUUUGCUCAGGCUGUAAUUUUAAUUCCCAUUGGAUGCUGGCAAAGCCCCCCUGGGUGAGCCCCAGUGCCUGGCAGGAGCGGAGCGGGCUUCCAGGGAGGUAUUCACCUGGUCAAAGUCAGGAACCGUCCUACCUGAGGCCCUGCUCCCUCUUUUCCUUCGGUCGCCGUGGAUGUGCCGGACACCUCUGGCAGGACUAACCCUGUGGCUUUUAUGUCCAACGUGCUGUAUGCCUGCAGUAUCCUGUCCAAGACAAAGCAACCUUUCCUCGUGGGAAUGGACCGGCCGGGCUUUGGCAAUCUGGCCCCUCGAAAGACUAAAGUGACCUCUUCCAACAGGGGAAGACUGAAGCAAGGGGUGCCAGAAAGAACUGGAGUCUCUGGAGAAUAAAAGCUGGAAGUGUGCCCCCGAAAA